CCGACAAGCGGAAGAGAAGAACGUUGUAGGGCAACGCGGGCCCGACAGAAUGUCGUUGAACCAAAGAGUGGACUUCGUAACUGCCCGAAGCCGAAGGCUGGGCCUAUGAGCAUCAGGUCAGUGACGUUACACAUGAUUACUCGUCAAUGGCCGUUCCCGAGUUUUGUUGCACGACCUUCCAGGCUUCCAGCUCAAAUGGUGUGGCUCAGACAAGCCACCAUGCAAGUGCCAAACUGUCUCCCGCGGCCCACGAUGCCCGGCCUCUUUCUCUUCGCGAGACUUGUGGCGGGGUGUGAGUGGCGCGAAAUCGUUAGGCAUCGGGGACUAGAUCACAAUGUAACUCGACAGGUGGGAUUGAUUGCAAAUCCGUUCCCACACUGGGAACAAUCCAGCAACACUCGGUGCUCUGUUGAGCGUUUGGAGAGCCGCUUGUGUUGGGGCUUGUGUUGGGAAGAUGCAAACCGCCGGGACGAACAAGGAGGCUGCCCUUCAACGCCGUGCCACCGUGGUGCGGGCAUGAUCCCAAUGAGCUCCAAGCCAGCAUUCAGUUUUAGUAUCGAUCUUCCGAGAGCAUGCGUCUACCCAUGUAGGCCACAGGGCUGAGCAAAGCGUGGGAAGCAACCCACUGGCAGGCUUGAACACCGGGCCGGCCUGCAAGGUACGAAAUGAUUCCAGCCGACCGUAAUGGCUGAUCGGUCGAAGCUUGGUUU